AGAGACUGCAAGAGGAAUGAUGCUUGAAUCCAUCCGUGUCACUGUGCUUCUGGCCAAUAUAGCCCACCACUGGGAAAUCUGUCCAGCAAUGAGGGGGCAUGAUGGAGUUGAUUAAAAACUUCACUGGCCUGAGCAAGAGUUCUCUAAAAAAUCAGUCUUAAAUUCAGAAGAACAUAAGCUGAUCGUUGAGAAUGAAAGCAGUCUUCAGCACCUGUCCUCUGGAAUCCUUAAGGAUAUUUUCACAACAGGAACCAGUAGCUACAAUGUCCUUCUGCAAAGCAAAGAGGAGAAAAAACACCACUCUCAAAAGCUGUCAUCUGCCCACCACAAGAGGCACAGAAAGUCCACCAAGUCUUCUACUACCUCGCGAAGCAACGAACACCGCAAGAUCAAAGUCCCACUGCCUUUGCUCAGCAGUGGCUGGUAUUGCAUGAACAGGCAGCCAUCCAUCUUUAUCGCUAGCCCAGUGUCCAGCAGUGUAAAGUUUACACACAGUAUUUCCGUUGCAGGGAACAGCAUAGGACUGCCACCUCGACCCAAAAGCAAGGCUAAGAGACAUUAUUUUUCCUGUCUAACAAAGCCAAAGUAUCCUCAAUUGUCAAAAAGCCAUGGUAAAGAGGUAGAUGUCUCUGGCCGAAAACUCUGUAUACUAACUGCUAUCAAGCCUUCCAAUGUGGAAAAAGAGAAGAUUAAAUUCUUCAAGUCCGAUUUUACCUAUAAUCCUCAAUUUGAAUAUGCAAAUCCUGCAUUGCCAAAUGUGUUAGCUAAGCACAGCCAAGCAUCCGACAAGUUUCUUAAACAGUCUGUCAAUAUUAUGGAACGGACAUUGCAGAAAUAUGGAAGCUAUGAAAAGUUUGAGCAGGCUACUGGAGGCAGCCUGCUACCAAAAAGUCGCAUUUGGAAUCAUGUCAGGAAAUACAUGGUGAAAGAAGGCUGCCUUGGUGAGAUUGUAGUUCAUCUCACUGAGGACCUGCUUUCUCGUGCCUCAAUGACAGUGGUGAAUGGCCGCCCAACUCUGACUAUCAAUGUUUCCACUGCACGUGAGCACUGGCUAGAAGGGAUGCUGAGGCAUGAAAUAGGAACUCAUUAUUUUCGAGGUAUUAACAACAACAGCCAGCCUUGGUGCAAUUGGAAUGGACGUAAAAAGCUUGGGUUAAAGCCAAUCAACCCUACUGAAGAAGGCCUGGCGAGUAUUCACAGUGUCCUGUUCCGAAAAGACCCCUUUCUAUGGAGGGCUGCCCUUCUCUACUACACAGUCUAUCAAGCUAGCCAAAAGUCCUUCAGUCAACUCUUCCAGGAUGUGGGGAGAUUUGUCAAGGACCCCAACACUAGGUGGGAUUACUGUGUACGAGCCAAGAGAGGGUGGACUGAUACUUCCCAGCCAGGCUGCUUCAGUAAGGAUCAGGUAUACUUGGAUGGCAUCCUCCAAAUCCUAAGAUACAGGGAGUCUAUCGAUUUCCACUUGCUGAUGGCUCUUGGAAAGGUCUCUUACGAGGAUGUGGAUCACUUGAAGGAAUUUGCGGUGAUCGAGAACAUGAGAGUACCACACUUCUUGCAAGACCAUGUCAGAUACAUGGAACACUUGGAAAAGAUCAUGGAGGUGAAUGAGCUGACUGACCAAGAGCUCCAGGAUCUCAUAGUGUGACAGUCAGUCAGUCUCUUUUACCUGAAAUCUGUUCUGUAUGCAGCCAGUUAUACAGAACUAGACUUCACCACAGCUUGCAAAACUAGAAUGAAUCAACUUUUGUUUUGUUUUCUGGCAAAAAUCUUGACUAUUAAGAUUUGUUAAUUUUUUUAAAAAAAAGAAAAAGUACAAACUCAGACUAUCGAUUCAGAAAUGUUUAUUUGAAGGAAAAAAAGAAAGAAAAAAAAAGUGCUUUGAGAUUCUUUCCUCACUCCCAUAAUAUAUAUUGGUGGGUUUUUUUUUGUUUUGUUUUGUUUUGUUUUUUAAAAAGGGUUCGGUGCCUCUUCCAAAUUAAAUUAUGGAGUCAACAUCAUUUAGGAUGUCUCUUGUAACUGGUCAGUCCCAUAGUCCCUUAAAUGUUCUGUACGCUGAGGAGGAUCGUUUGAAAUGUGUUGCUUUUAUGAUAUACUGCUUUUUAUUCUUUCUAAAGUCUGUGUUUUGUAAUUUUUCCCCUUGACUCACUCGCAUUGGCCUCAUUUCUGGUCACGGCCUUCACAAACCCCCACAGCAGCAAAAUUGUGGAACUGCUAUAGACUAUGUCACCAUCUUCUUAACUCUACCCCAUUGUAUACUGCUUUCCUCAUUGUAAGAUCACAAUGCACAGACACUCUCCCUUCCACAACAGUUCUGUAGUUUGGAUAUGUUAGAAAGAGGUGAUUACCACACUUCAUGUGUCAAAUAGCAGCAGUUGAAGUUGCUAUUUAAAUGGGUGUAAACAGGCUAGAAAGUUGCCUUCUUAAUCCCAAGAGGGGAUGUGCUGUUGCAGCAUUGUAUAUAUGCCUUUCACUGAAGUGACUGUCCUCCUCUGGCUUGUACAGUACAGGUUUCAAGAGGAUGAGUUGCAGGAAAGGGCCUUUUUUUUGCCCUUGAGGACCCAUUUAGCAUGUUUAGCAAAUCGAACGUGCUAGUGGUUUGGAAGAAGGACUGGGCUGAACUGAGUUUUCUGACUAACGUACGUAAUGAAUCCAGAUACGGGGCCAUAUUUCAUUUCAAAAAGCAAAAGCACCCCUUCGCUCUAGCACCUGAACCGUGUGUGUGUUUAGUUAUUUGGAGUGGUUUUGGCCCUAAUGCUGCAAGGAGCUCAGCCCUCAUGGAGCUCACUGCCAGAUUGGGAACUUUAAUGGGGCCGGGAAGACAAAAUUCACAAGUGCCCUAUUCCAAUAUUCAGAGCAACUGAAGAGCUCUGGCACAUCUGAAGCAUCCUGAGCUCUGUUUUAAAUGUGGGUGCCAUACAAAACAAGUAGUGAAAACACCUCAGUGUAGGGUCAUCUAUUCAAACUGAUAACUUAGGCAAGGCAAGAGGGUUGUUCACUACAGAGACCGCAUUUUCUGAGUCCAGAGUAUUAGGAAAGCGCUAAUAGUGGCUCCACAGCACAUGCUGAAUUGAGCUUUGCACCUAAAGUAUUGGGCUUACUUUUAAUUCAGAUAAUUUUACCAAGGCUAAAUGCAGCUGUUAGGCCCUUGUGCCUCUGGAAGAGUCCCAGACUCACAAUUCCUUCCCUUGGGCCCGUGGGGAGUCGGGACAGGAGCAGCGUACUGCAGCCGUGAAAAGGGUUCAGCUUGCUUUCCCACUCCCAAAUCGGCUCAGCUCUGCUGGUCGGUGUGUCGUCAGAUGGGGGAAGAGAACCGGAGCCAAAGUUCCACUGGCCUGCUUUGCAGAGAGGAUACUGGCCACAAUCUUCCCCUCCUCCUGUACUGCAGGAGCUGCCUGCAAUAUGUGGAACAUUAAUGCAGACACACCAUGGGGGUAGGGAGGUCUUAUGCCCCAGCAUGGCUGCAUCUGGCUGAAUGACAAUCCAGCCCCUGGCAUUGAGUUGUGUGGAUUUUAGUGGCUUUUGAUUAAGGAAUGGAAUAACUCCCACAGCCUCUGACUUUACACCAAGUAUGAUGGUGUGCAUUCCAGAUUUAAAGUUUAAACACCACAUUUUGUGACCAGUGGGGGGGGUGGGGGAGGGAAAUCUCACCUAGCCUAGAGGUUUUUACGUUUUUGAAUAACCCAUAAAACUGCCUUUAACCCCUGUGUGCUGUGGUGGCUGCCUGCUUAAAAAAGAAAAGAAAACAAACAUUUGAGCUGCUCCAGGAAUUCAAUGAGCAAAUUUACUAAUCUGAGUGUUUUAUAAAACAUGGACCAAGAACCUCAGAGAAGCCUUAGUUUUGUAUCGUUUAAACAGCUUCAGACUCUUAAUCUCUGAAUUCUAGUGGGUGAAUCUUGCCUUCUUCCCCCAAAAUAUCAGUCUUAGCCUUGCCUGCCUAGCUUUGUUUCAAAGCCCUUCAGGCGACCUGGGGAGGUGCUGUAUAAUUGCAUCAAGCCCCUGGAAAUAUUUGCAUGUCAGUAUCUGCUAAUGCACCCAGACAUUCAGAAUGUGUCAGCUCAGCUAUUUUGCUGUGAGCAGCAGAAGUGCAGAUCAGACUUUUCACAUGUCAAAGGUUGAAUGUGAAAAUUCCAGGUAAAAAUCCAUCCUUGGGGGUAAUUGGAUUGAGGUCUGGAAUUACACCAGGGAUGAAUUUGGCCCCAUGUUGAAGAGUUACAUAUGUCCCAUUUUUUGUGAAAGGGCCAUAAGUUAGAGGUGAACUUUUCUUAACUGAAAUAACCCCUGCAUUUCUCCAAUCACUUCUGUAGUAAAUACAAAUAUGCGUAAGCAACCCAAUAGUAGUCAUGAGAAUAGUCUUGAGUAUUAUAUUCACAAUAAUGGUGUCACUGAAAACAUUACAUUUAUGUGUUGCCUUGCUUCAGAAUAUGAUGGUUACAGCCCCUUCUCAACUGCCUGUUGAUACUCCAUUACUGCUCUGUGAGUUUGCAGAUGUGAACUCCAGGGGCUUAUUUUUCUUCUUUAAAAGACCUGGGGUUUAUUUUCCCCACAGAAGUUGCUGCCAUUCCACUUCUACCAUUCUCCAUUAUGUGAAUAGGUGUACUCCAUUACAAGCUUAGAUUCGAGAAGCGUCAGUAGUACUGUAGCAGGCACAAAUAUCAACCUCUAUUUUUCAGCACCUAACUUGUCCUGCCUCUUUUGUAAGAGUGUUUCAGAUUUGUAAUGGUAGUUUUGUAAAACUUUUUGAAAUUUUUAUUGUGAUGGACCUUGUUAUUGUCAUAGUAUUGAAGUUCUGUAAUAAAGUAUGUGGAUGAUACUGCAUAGAAACUCACAUCAUCAGAAAGUCUCACAAUGUCUCUAAUGUGAAAACAGACUUCUGGUCUUUAAUUGUUUAAGUUGAAAAGUGAA